AUGGGGUCGUGGGGGAGCAGGUGGGGUGGGAGGGCAGAAAGCAGGGGUGGCUUUGGAGAGGAGGGCGCAAGCAAGGAUGGGAAAGGCCCCACAUUGGGGACUGGGUGUAAACGGAGAGGGGGCUACAUCGCAGGGGAUGGAGGUGUUUCGAGUGGUUUGGUCAUUGGUGGCACUUUUGAAAUAGUUGAUUCAAGGUGUUGCAAAGCCUUUACGAAAUUUGAUUGGCGUGGGAAUCCAUCAAAAUUUUAUUCUGGCCUGGAUCCAUUACCUGAGUUUUUAUCACUCGUACAAGGACCAGGCUUUUGCAAGGUGCUAAUGCUGUGGAAUUUAUCAUCAACAACACUGAAGUAUCAGUUACUUUUGUUCAAGAGAGCAACAUGGGUUCGCAGCUGUCAUAACAUCAGCACAAUGUCAUGCAUGCACUACAGUCGUCAAGUGCAACUCUUGAUUAUUUCUUUGUAAUUUUUAUUGUUAUUUGAAUAAAUGGAAUUUCUGUGUUUUAAUUUGAAUUUAUAUAAUGUAUUUUUAUUUGAAUUUUGAAUUUUUUUUUUUUUGUUAUCUGACAAGAUGUAAUUUCUUUAUUUUAACUGAAUUUGUAUUUAAAUUUGAAAUUUUGAAUAAUUUAUGAAUUUUGUAGUAA